AUGGACACCUACACCUUUGCGACUUCGCGCCAGAUAGACUUCCCUGUGUAUAUAAGAAUAAACACCUUGGAGGGCAAGCAGACACCGGUCCCGUACUCUGUCUUGCUCAAACACCCUGAGAUCCGCCACGUUGGCUCCGUCCAGAGUUCAACUUCAGAGCUUUAUGUGACGGCACAGCUAUGGGCGGAAUCCAAGCCGCUAGGAGUGUCUAUACAGACUCCUCAUAUGUUCUUCAAGAACAGUCGAACUUGGAACAAAUGGCUGGAGCUUCCCGUACUAGUCAAGGACUGCCCAAUCUCGUCACAAAUUGCCAUUACUGUAUGGGAUCUCUCCGCAUGCCCAGCGAAUGGUAGCCUCGACCACACCGUGCCGUAUGGGGGAACUACAAUUACCCUGUUCGACAAUGACGGCGCGCUGAGGAAAGGCCGUCAGAAAUGCAGGGUCUACCGCAACCGGGCUGCCGACGGUCAAAUACCAUCUAGUACACCACAUAUUCCGCGCCCAAAACGGCGCAAGCGCAAUCAAGAGCCAUCCUCUCCUCUUCCUGAGCAGGAGGAGCUUGAGAGGCUGGAACAGCUUUUCAAAAAACACGAAAUGAAUGAAAUUCCGCAGAAUGAUUGGCUCGACCAAUUGGUCUUCCAGAGUGUCGGCAAGAAAGCACGGGAGGUGGAUGAGGCGUCUAGAAAGCGCUCCGCUGUACGCAAGAUCGCAAAACGCAAAGCUGCCCAGAAGAAUGCCACUGGCUCAGGAAAUGGUGCCGCAAACCCCCCAGACAAUUCAGAUGAGGAGAGCGAAUCUGAUGACGAGCUGGACGACGGAGAGCAGUUCACUCUCUACGUCGACUUUCCCCGAUGGGACUUUCCAGUUGUUUUCGAAGAUCAUGAAUACCAGCCCUCAAAAUUGAUGCGGGAGUUCCAGGCAACCGCAUCUGUGUCGGCAAUUGGCAACAAUAAACCCCCGCCAGAAGUUAGGUACGGUCCGGGGAUUGCUGCCGGCAAUUCAAUCGUUGAUGAUGAGGACUAUCCUGUCAUCCAAAUCUUCGACCCUGAACAAUUCCAGAAAGAAAACCCUUGCGAGACGAAACACCGCAGGCUAGUCCGGAGUGACAGGAAUGCAUAUUCUGACGCCGAUCAGAAACCCAACGCUAAACUACGAGACGAACUCAACGAAAUCCUCUCUUACGGGCCCACGCAGGACCUAAGCCCACAAGAGAAGGAUGUUGUCUGGACUUUCCGACGCUAUCUCAGUCGCGACAAACGGGCACUGGUCAAAGUUGUCAAGGCCACCGACUGGAGCAACCCGAGUGAAGUGAGACAGAUGGCUGAUCUGAUUCCGAGAUGGGCCAAAAUCGACAUUGACUCGGCCCUGGAGUUGCUUGGGCCAACAUACGACAGUCCUGUAGUACGGGCUUACGCGGUCGACCGUCUCCGACAAGCUGACGAUGCGGAAUUGCUGUUAUAUCUUCUCCAAUUGGUGCAAGCAUUGAAAUUUGAAAAAUACGACAUCAAGGAGGAGGGACUUCCACCCUCAUCGUUGGCCAGAUUUCUCAUCGAUCGUGCGGCCAAGAAUUUCAUCCUGGGGAAUUAUCUGCACUGGUUUCUGAUGGUGGAGUGCGACGACGAGGGCCCAGAUACAAACGCGGCAAAUCGGAAGUUGUUUGCGAGAGUGGAAUAUCACUUUAUGGUCGAGCUGGAGAAGCGGGAUCCGGAACAACGUAAAACCUUGUUGAGACAAGCCGAGAUGGUUGCGAUCCUGUCGAGGAUCAGUAAAGAAAUCCGGUUCAGCCGGACUAACCGCCUGUCGAAGAUCGAGUCUCUGAAGAAAUACCUGGCCGACCCGAAGAAUGAACUGAUCAAAAUCGACCCCCCGAUUCCACUGUCGCUCGAUCCCGAGAUUGAGGUGAGCGGAGUCUAUCCUGACGAGGCCGGGGUUUUCAAAUCAUCAUUGUCGCCACUCCUCAUCCACUUCAAAGUGGCCAAUUCACCCAGCAAUGCCGCUACAUCGACAUCGACACAGCCAAGGGGCCAAUCUCAAUCCCAAUCCCAAUCCCAGGGGAAGUACCCCAUCAUUUUCAAGACGGGCGACGACCUCCGACAGGAUCAGCUGGUGAUUCAGAUCAUCACGUUGAUGAACAAUCUCUUGCUCAAGGAGAAUCUGGAUCUCAAACUCACUCCGUACCGCAUCCUGGCGACAUCGCCGUCAGCCGGCGCCGUGCAAUUCAUCCCAUCCACCCCGAUUUCGGCCGUGUCGGCCAAAUACAAAGGUUCGGUCCUGGCUUAUCUACGGGCCAACAAUCCCGACAGUUCAGGCCCGUUGGGUGUGCGAAAGGAGACCAUGGACACGUACAUCCGGUCUUGCGCCGGAUACUGCGUCAUCACCUACAUCCUCGGCGUGGGCGAUCGCCAUCUCGACAAUCUCCUGCUGCAGCCGUCCGGGCAUUUCUUCCACAUCGACUUCGGCUUCAUCCUCGGUCGAGACCCCAAGCCGUUCGCUCCGCUGAUCAAGCUGUGCAAAGAGAUGGUGGAAGGUCUGGGCGGCACAACCUCUCCUCAGUAUGCCCAGUUCAAGCAAUACUGCUUCACGGCAUACACGGCGCUGCGCAAGUCCAGCUCCUUGGUUUUGAAUCUGUUCAGCUUGAUGGUGCAAAGCUCGGUGCAGGACAUUCGAUUGGUCGAAGAGCAGAUGGGCACUAUUGGUGGCGCGGUCGGCAAAGUGAGGGAAAGGUUCCAUCUGGACGUGAGCGAGGAAGAGGCUGUUCGCUUGCUGGACCAGGUCUUGGCUGACAGUGUCAACGCCGUGUUUGGAGUCGUCAUUGAUCGAUUGCACGAGUUUGUACAGGGCUGGAGAGCUUGA